GACCGUUUGCUCCCCCCCCUGUGGCAGUUUCUGAUAUGGAGAAGUUGAGAGGGAGCAAAAGGCGCGGACUCAGCCCUAGCACGAGUUGGGAAAAUAUUAAGGAGCAAGACAAGAAGGCGUUCAAGACUGUGACCCCGUCGUGGAUUCCGCAUGCAACAGUCAACCAGCCUGCCCACCAGCGAGCAAAUGAGUCAGCCAGUAAGGCAUUAGAACACGAAGAAAGGGUACGAUCCAUCUCGAGCAGCCAAAGGGAGUUUGCAGCCCAAUUCAGCACUUCUGCCAAAAGUGGAGUGGAGAGACAACGGAAUGCACCGGCAACAGGAAACAGCCGAUGGGUAUCAAAGCCGGGGAGGACGGCUUCGACUGCGCCGUUGAAAUCCCCCGGCGGAAUUCAUGGGCCAGCCACAGAAAGCCACGAAAAGGCUGGGAUGAACAUUCCAGCCACGCAAGGAGCCAGGGAAUCUAGGGAGAAAGAUGAACGGCGAAGCGAACCCCAUGACAGGCGAAGGGCAAGCUCCAUGGAAGGAAGCAGGAACAUUGACGGGGUUCGACAAAGAGGGGGGGGUGAGAGGCAAGGCGAUGAAAAUAAAGAGAAGUCGACAGCGCGCUGCCAAGCGGAGGGUGCACUCGUGAAAGGUCCCUGGACAACGGAGGAGGAUCAGAUCAUUAUCGACUGUAUCAAUGAGAAAAUGACUCGGUGGUCGGAGAUCGCGGAACGCGUCGAGGGUCGCGUCGGGAAACAGUGUCGCGAGCGUUGGUUUAACCACCUCGACCCCACCCUCAAGAAGUCAAGUUGGACGCCAGAAGAGGACGAAAUCCUCGUCCAGGGCCAGGCCCGCUUCGGAAACAGCUGGACCAAGAUUGCGAAAUUGCUACCAGGGAGAUCGGAGAAUGCCGUCAAGAACCGAUGGAAUUCUGCUGCAAGGAAGAAGAGCACAACAAGUUCACAGCGUAGAGUUUCGGAAUGGAGGAAUGUAGCGAUGCCGUCUGAGGCACGGACAGGGGGGCAGAUGCAGUACGUCAUGAUGCCCUCGGCUCGUCACAUGAACCCGCAGCUUACCCCGGCUGCGGCGCCGAUGAUGGGGACAACAAUACCUAUCAUGGAUAUGCCAAGAAGCCCUACUUGUUUGUUACAACAUUGUCCUGGGAUUAUGCCUAUCUACCCGUUGCAUGGAAUGCCUGUGCAGCAACAGUGGCCCAGUCAACAAAUUCCAUUGCUGGAAUCUUCGCGAUUCCCUGGCUCAAACGGUCUACAAGAAUUACACGCACGUCUAUACGGGCGGAUGGCACUUGCCCAGCAGAUGUAUGGACAGCCUUUUUUGCUUCAGCCUGUGUUCUCGAUGCCACCACCUGUACCCCUUACAGCGGAGGGCCUCAGCCAGCAGCCGUUUCCGGUCUCUAUGGCUGCACCAAGCAUUGUUGCGGCAACAGGGCCUGAUUAUAGCGUUCGUGAAUGUCCAAGCGGCACGAGCGGCGCGAGUGGUGUGAGCAUUGCACCGGGUGCGGUGACAGAGACAGCUUUUGCUGAGGCCUCCGCUGGGUCGCUCCAAUCACCCGCACAGAACGGUCAGCCGCAACCGUUGUCGGAAACCGAGAUGGCCUUCAACGUUGACGAUGAACUCGCGCUCGCAAACACAUUGCUGAGUUUGUCUCUAGAGGAGCAAGCCAAUGUGGGGGCGGGAUUUUCCGGUGGCCGUCAAGUGUGGGGGAGGAGGGGGCAACUAAACGAGUUUGAUGUGCUGCGCGGGUUCGGCACAUAUGAUGUGGGUUUGGGGUCAGCACACAUGACGCACAACGGCAAGCUUGAUGGUAGUGUUUCGCGCAAUGGGGUAUUGCCGGAAGGAUAUCACCGAAAAGAAGCGACGGAUUCUUCUCAGCUACUCCAGGCGCCAGUACGACCGCAACAGGCAUUGGAACGCGAGGUAGGCGACACUUCGCGCGAGGGGUGCCCAUGAGGGGAAAGUGUUAACGAGUCUUGAUCUGUCAUGCAGACGAUUGCAGGCGGGAGGUACUGUCGUAGUCUAAUGAAGCAGCGCUGCACCUAGUUCUAUGGUUUCGAUCUUUUGGCUGUCUCGGUGGCUGUUGACUUCAAUCGCCAACUCAAUAUUUCUCCUAUGCCACGUACUUGCACGUGGAAUGCAGUCAUGUAUUAUGUUGCUCCUAAGCCAAGGGGCGAGGAACCUGGUGGGACAGUACUGGGCUAGCGUUCGCGAUACAUGUUCGAAGGCACUUAUUUUUUACGUGUGACCGCCUGGAGUCGUCAGAAUUUGUUUUAGAACACACCCAUCACCUAGAACUUAGCCUCUCAUCGAGUGUCUGCCCUUUUCUGUGUUUACUUGUGAUCGAAUUUGUUGUGUCUUGUGUACCAUGAAUUAAGACGGUUGAUAAUACAUGAAAACUAGCAAAGUACGAGCAAAAUUUGUUGGUGAAUAUUGUUUUUUGCAGCAGUGAUGAGUCCUUAAUGUGUUGUCUAAUCAUCUUUCAUCUUGGGUCUCGUGCCCCGUACCUCCCGUGCUUUGUAGACUAGAAGUAUAUCUUUCUUUGCGUUUGUUCGUGUUUCAUGUUUCUGGUGAGGAGUCUGUUUUUUUCCAUCCGUGGGACCCACGGCUAGGAAGUGUUGUUGACGCGCAUGGUAGUCUUUGCACAGCUGGUGCAGGCGGCCGGACCGGUGGAGGACCACGGUCACUUGCUAGCCGGUAUUGUCCGUUCUCUCCGUGGCUAAAAUUUUGAUCCGAUUUGUGCGUCGGAGAAUUACCUGCAGAUCGGUGUAGGUGCGUGAGCAACUUUUAAGCGUUGGGAGUCAAGACAUCUCCCACCAAGGAACUCCCCCUAAAUCGUUGCUUGCCGUAAUGAAACUCGAGAAAACUGCA